AUGACUAUUCCCCGAUUAGAGCUGAGAGCUGCUCUUCUUGCUGCUCGCCUACUCAGACUCGUGGAUGCGAGCUUGACGAUCUUGGAUUGCACGUAUUACCUUUGGAGUGACUCGAGCACGGUACUCAGCUGGCUAUACUCCAGCGAGCCUGUUGGGAACGAUCUUGUCGACAAUUAUGUCCAUCACAUUCAGGAACUCACAGCUCACGGUACCUGGCGCUACGUUCCCUCCAGCGACAACCCGGCUGACAUCGCUACCAGGGGUGCGGAACCUUCGACUCUUCAACACAACACCCUCUGGUGGACCGGCCCGUCUUGGCUAACAGGCCCACCUUCUACGUGGCCCUCAACCUUACAGCAGCCGCCUUCUCCGACCGGUCACUACGAUGGAGGUCGACACACCAUCGCGUCAACCACCUGCCUGACCAUCUUGCAAGGAAGCCGCGAUUUCAUGGACGACUUUUCUAAUUUGCUGCGCAUGCUCCAAGUGCUUGUCAGAUGCCGACGGUUCAUCUUGAUACUAAGGACUCGUAUCGAGUGUAAGAAACUCAUGACUGGUAUCAGAAUACCCGAUUGCAUGAAAUCCGAAGCUCCAAUCACGGUCGCAGAACUCCAGCACAGUUUACUUUGCUGCGCUAAACUCAGUCAAGUUCGUUACUUUGCUGCCGACAUCAAGACCUUGAAAAAUUCUCUUCCUGUCAAGAUCUCAAGCCCCCUCAGCCGGCUAAGCGCCUUCUUGGACGAUGAAGGCAUACUACGAGUCGGCGGCCGUCUUCGUCACUCACUACUUGCUUAUGAAGAGAAACACCCACCAGUCCUGGAUGCCAGAUGUCCCUUGUCAAGGCUAGUGAUCGACUGGGCACAUCAGCGAGCCUUGCACGGCGGCUUUCGCUCAACGUACUCGCACGUCAUGCGACGGGCUUGGAUCGUUGGCGGAGCAGUGGAGAUAAAGCGACGAGUUCAUCAGUGCGUUGUAUGCUCGAAAGCACCAGCUCGACCCCUUCACCAAUUCAUGGCUCCCUUGCCGACAGCUCGCGUGACGCCCGCUCGGCCCUUCACCCGAACUGGAGUAGACUACGCGGGACCUUUCUCCAUCCUCCGAUCCAAGGGUCGAGGUGCCAAGUCGGUCAAGGGAUACGUCGCUGUUUUUGUCUGCAUGUGGUCAAAGGCCCUACACCUUGAACCUGUUGGAGACCUAACAACAGCGAGUUUCCUCGGUGCACUCACUCGCUUCAUAGGCCGCAGAGGAAAACCGAAGGAAAUCUGGAGCGACAACGCAACGAACUUCCACGGGGCAGAUCACGAACUCAAGCAGCUGAUGGCUGGGGCCAACCACGACUGGGAUUCAGUGGCUGAGAGUCUGGCCAACGAGGGAAUCGACUGGCAUUUCAUCCCGCCAUCCGCCCCACACUUUGGAGGCUUGUGGGAAGCUGGGGUUAAAUCGAUGAAAACUCAUCUCCGUCGAGUGGUUGGAACUAGGCACCUCACUUUUGAGGAGUUUUCAACCCUGCUUGCAGAGAUUGAAAUGAUUCUCAACUGUCGCCCUCUGGGCCCAUUAUCUGGAGAUACGGAGGACUUGGACAUGCUCACGCCAGCUCACUUUCUGAUCGGAGGACCUCUUACUUCUCUGCCUGCCACCAACACUUCUGAAAACCUAGACUGCCUGACCCAUUGGACCCUUGUGCAAGGCAUGCGCGACGCGCUGUGGCGCCGCUGGACCCUCGAGUAUCUCAACACCUUGCAACAACGGACGAAAUGGUCCCGGCCCCGUCCCAAUCUCGCCGUUGGAGACGUAGUCCUCGUUGUGGAUCCAACGCUUUUAAACACUAUCGGGAAGUGGCCACUGGGCCGAAUCGUCGACGUCAAACCGGGACCAGAUGGGUCCGUCCGCGUCAUUCGGGUAAGAACUGCCUCGGGAGAGUACGUCCGUCCUAUCACCAAGAUUGCCCGGCUUCCCGUCAUUGAGCGUGCUAAUCACGCAACAGACGAUCCUGGUCCGACCGGCACCGGGCUCACGGCGGGCGGCCAGGCUCAAAAUGGCCACAAAUGA